AUGGGUGAACGUAAGUCUGAUGGUCAAUGUGAGUCUAAGAGCUGUCGAAUCCAUUAUACCCGAGAAGAAAUCCUGGCAGUUAAAGAAAAUGCGGUUUCUACUGCUGAAUUUUCGGACGAAUUCUCUCGGAUAAAUGCUUCUGUUAUGCGUUCAACUCGCGGAAGGCCUAGACCCAAUUCUUUUUCUAAAACUCAGGGAGGUGAGAAGACUCGAGAUGCUUCUAACAUAGUCCUCGGUCCUCAAAAACGUUCGUGGAACACUGGUUGUCAUGUCUCUCAACAGCCUCAAGGUCGUGAAACAUCAGAUGCAAACAAUUCUACUCGUUGGCCUAAAUUUAACUCAGAAAACCGAUCCUACGACAAGCAGCAUUGUAAAACGACUAGUGACUACAAAAGAGAGUAUCGGUCCAACGAUAUUCGUGGCUCCGGUCGAGGUCGUGAUCGCGGGCUGGGAAAACAUGCUGAAAGUGCUCCGUUUGUUAAAAACCACAGCAGAGAAGACCGUUACAGUCAUGACCGUCGAAUUUCUUGUUCGCACAGCGAUGAUGAACCUGAGUGGUUUGCAGAAGGUCCUACCACGGUUAACGAAACGAUUGAACUUGGAGGAAUUUUAGAAGAAACCGUGGAAUGUGGCUCACUCAGAAAGUGCGUAGGAGUGGAAAAUGAUAUUUCGCAAGUUGAUGAUAGUAUAUUGACAAAUUCGAGCAUUAGUAAUAGAAACGUCUUUGAUGACAAAGCCUUGGAAGACGGCAGCAAUGCAUUCCCUGAACAACCAAGCAAAUCCACAACGAGUGUCACGGAUCAGGUGAUGUCCGAUAAUCAAGGAAGCCGUUUCAAACACCUGUUUCAAAAGAAUGAGAUAUCAGAUGAAAAUAAGCUUCCGAACAAACCAGCUUCUUUAGACAAUAUCAACGAACAAUUACUUAGGUUGCUGAAAGGUCCGUGCGGAAAUUCUGCCAGUCAUCUCAGUCCUGAAAAGAACAGUGGUAUGGUAUCUACAAAUCCUAAUUCUUUUUCAACUCUUCAAGUUGAAAAUAAGCUUCGCUCUAUUCUACUUGGACAUGGCCCUGUUAAUUCCCCGAAUGUUGGGCCGGUCAAAGAAUCAAAACCAGCAGUACUAACUGUUGAAGAAAUUGAAGCUCAGCUUAAAUUACCUCAAGGAGAUUCAACUGAUAUAAACGAAUCAAUCGAUCCAAUCGUUGAUCCUCUUACUCAUUAUUCGGAUCCUUUCAUAGAUGAUCAAGCCAUUAAAUCUCGUGGCAUACCUAUUGGCUCAUCAAAAAACUGUAGCUUGUUUUCUCAAUCAGGAACGACUUCCAAUCUGGUGCCUAUUUUGCAAUCACUGAUGAUCAGAAAACAGCAAAACUCCGUCUACUCUCAGUCUACAAAUCCGCAAAAUUCACACUCACAUUUUGGACUGGUCUCAAAUUUUAUGGGAGAUGCCACGUCUGCAGGUUCAUGUAUUAGUCGAUUGCAAAACCCAGGUGUCCCCCUUGACGUACCUUGUGAUGUCGAUCUACCUUCGCAUGGUCCCCUUCGUCAAAUUUGGAAUGGCACGAGGGAUGUUGCUUCUCACACAAGCCCACAACUGCACCCCUUAGGUUUGUAUCCUGAUGCAUCUAGAUUUCAAACUAUUAAAACUCCGGACUCAGGAUUACCUGGAAGACCUAUAGUUAAGGCUCAACAAAAUAUUUUCGCUGAUUACAACUCAAAUAAACAGGCACCAAACUCUGCUUUCAAUAAUAACCAAAGCCAUUUGUCUGUCAAUCCAUCAGUUCACCAAGAUUCUAGCCAUCGUCUGCUUGAUAUGAAUGUGAAGCAGUUCUACCUUGGCAGUACUGAGCCAUCAAAUCUAAAUAAUUCUCAUGGAUCUUUACCGUGUUCAAAACAAAACUAUGGAAAUUUAUUGCCGUUCCAAAGCUCAAGCCCAUCACUAGCGUCAUCUAUUAAUUGGAAUAAGAAUUCCUCUGCUCAACACCAAACUAAGGUUAAUGAAUCUCUAACUAGUAAUGGAAGUUUGACUUUGUUAUCACAACUAGUUGAGUGGGAAAAAUCAAAGCAACCACUUAGAUCUAAUCCAUCCUUUAAUCCAACGAAGGCAAAAACGCUAGAAGAAAUAGAACAAGCAGAGUCUUCAAGAACUAAUAUAUUCUUUUGA